AUGUCCAGACCUUCGUCGUUAGUUGGUUCGGAUGAGGAGGAGCAAACCAAUUACCACGCACCGGAUGAGACCGGUCUAACGAAAUCACAAAAGGUGGCUCUGGUCGCGGCCUGGAGUAUCGUCAAGAAGGAUCUGGUAACGCAUGGACGUAAUAUAUUCGUGAUGUUCUUUGAAGAGUAUCCACAGUAUCUGGACUAUUUCGACUUUGCCACCGGUAGUGUGGGUGAGCUCGGGGAGAACAGAUCCCUCCAUGCGCAUGCACUGAACGUGAUGAACUUUAUCGGUACACUCAUCGACUACGGACUUAAUGAUCCUGCCCUGCUCAAGUGUAGCCUGGCGAAGCUGGUGCGGAAUCAUCGGAAGCGUAACGUUACCAAGGAAGAUGUCGGUGCUGUCGGAGGAGUUAUAAUGCGUUACUGCUUGAAGGCACUCGAGCAACAUCGAACGAAAACGCUAGAGGAAGCGUUUGGAGCAUUCCUGGGGACUGUUGCGGCCGCGUUCGAGUGA